CAAUUUUUUUUUUAAGAUUCCAGAGUUUAAAAAAAUGUCUGACAUCACAAACCUGAUGGAAAAUGAAGUGUUCAGGGCCUUUGCAUCCUAUGCUACCAUUAUUCUUUCAAAAAUGAUGUUUAUGAGUACUGCAACUGCAUUCUAUAGAUUGACAAGAAAGGUUUUUGCCAAUCCUGAAGACUGUGCAAGUUUUGGCAAAGGGGAGAACGCCAAGAAGUUUCUCAGAACCGAUGACAGAGUGGAACGUGUCCGCAGGGCACACCUGAAUGACCUGGAGAACAUCGUCCCAUUUCUUGGCAUCGGCCUUCUGUAUUCCUUGAGUGGCCCCGAUCCCUUCACUGCUAUCCUGCACUUCAGGAUCUUCGUGGGUGCCCGGAUCUACCACACGAUUUCAUAUUUGCUACCCCUUCCCCAGCCAAACAGAGCUUUAUCUUUCUUUGCUGGAUUUGGAGUCACUCUUUCAAUGGCUUACAGUUUGCUGAGGAAUAGAUUGUAUCUUUAAAGGCAAUCUGACCACUCAUUGUUUGGAUGCUCUUCAACAAUCUUGAGCUUGCAGAAUGUAGUAAGCAUUUCUUAGGUUUAGUAGGAAGGGAAUGCAGAGAUUAAGAAUUGGAGAAGAGUAAUUCUGAAUAGUAUCAUCAUCAAACCUUUAUUCCCGCUUUAUAUCAGCAUUAGGAACCUGAUGUGAUUCCAAAGUCCCCGUGUCUUUUCCUUCCAGCCCUUUGUUACAAACCACAAUCAUGUCUUACAACCUGCAACAUUCAUUCAACACUUCUUGUUUUGAGUUGAUAAAAGAGUGAGUGCUUAUAUGAGAAACAUGGACUUCAAUUAGGCUGAAAUGGGCAUCUGAAAUAAAGAAUUUAAAGAGCAA